CUUAGGCUAAAAUGAUUCCUGAAAAUCUCUGAAUAAAUUGAAAUAAGAUAAGAACGCCUGAUAUUUCCGUGAUAUCAUUCUGAUUAAACCGUGCAGUCGGUUUAGAAAACGGUAGACUAAUCUGCAAGUUUUAUCAAAAAUCAGCUCUUCGUACUCAGAAAGUCUUUUAGCCAAGAUUUUAUCAAAAUACAUUGAAUGGGCAAGAUAAAGGAAAGAAUUUACAGACUUUAUUGUAAUAAGAAACUUCUAAGCGAAAAUAAAAACGAUUUGAUGGAAAAUUAUUAUCAAGAUAAACUGUUUGAGCGAUAACGUUGAUAAACAAAGUGCUCUCCUAGAAGAAGGAAAAAAUACACUAAAAAGUAAUUUGAGUCUUGUGUGCAAUUUGGAUUACGUAAAAAAAGUGAAAGUUAAGAUUUUACUAAUCUAACGCUAGUGUUGUAGUUUUAGAUUUAUAUAGUGAACAACGACUGUGAUUAUGUUGUAUAAAGUACCAGAUCAGGACGAGAAUCAGUACCUUCAGAAAACGGAAGCAGACGACAAUUACGAGAAACUUUACACAAAACCGGAACCAGUCCAGGACUUGAAUUCUGGUUCACCUACCAUGUUUCAACCUUCAGUACCAGCAAUGUCAACUCCACCCACCUCAUCACCGUCCUACCAGGACCCACAGACAACAAAUAACCUUGGAUAUUCUAGUUCAAUGUAUGUACCGGGAUCAAGAUCCGUACUUCCGUCCAUGCAGUAUCUUAGCAACGGUAAUCAAGCUUCUUCAGCCUCGUUUUGGGGAAUGCAGCAUUCAGAUCUUGGAUAUAGUCACGCACACGGUUCAGGGAAUGUUUCUCCUUUAACAAAGCCAUUUUCAUUUGACCCAGCACAGAACUCCACUUCACCAACAUCUCGUGCUGAAGGCAUGGCAUAUCCAUCUACCGGGGGAAUCGCCCGUCCAAACCCGUACCCUUCCUACAUGGGCGCCGAUAUCUCACCAUGGAGUAUGGCCAUUCAACAGGGACUUCAUAGGAUCGGAGCCGACGGACAAGAAUAUUUCGCUGACAUCGAAGCACGUGAGUGCGUGAACUGCGGGGCUAUAUCCACACCUCUCUGGCGCCGUGACGGAACCGGACACUAUCUUUGCAAUGCCUGUGGAUUGUAUCAUAAAAUGAACGGAGGUCUAAAUCGGCCCCUACUUAAACCACAGAAAAGACUUAGUGACGGCGACUACCAAUCAUUUUACCCCACCCACCCUUAUAUGACCGGCAUGGGCCCGUGGAUGAAUAAUGGACAGUUUAUAAAUAGAGGAAAAAGUGCCUCCCGACGGGUCGGUCUAGCUUGUGCCAACUGUCAUACAACGACGACGACGUUAUGGCGUCGCAACAGUGAGGGUGAACCAGUAUGUAACGCUUGUGGGCUCUACUACAAACUUCACGGGGUAAACCGACCUCUGGCAAUGAAGAAAGACGGUAUUCAGACUAGAAAACGUAAACCAAAGAACCUGAAGUCAGCUGGAAAUAGCAACAAUUCUGACAACAACAACACCGUCAAAUCCGAACCAAGUGAAAAGCGUACGACUGUGUCUCCACCCCAGGAAAACAGUGGGCCAAGAGAAAGCGUUGUCGAUGACUCUAUUUCCGGUUCCGGAAGAAUGCAUCAAAUGACGUCAUAUCCUGUUUCUGUAAAAUCAGAUCGUGAAAGUCCAAAAGAAGCUCACAACGGUUAUUCAUCGUCUUUUCUUACACUGACACCACCUAAAGCAUUAGGAGACAACAUUGACAAAGAUGGACACUAUCAGCAUUUGAGUGCGCAUGCGCAGCAACUAUAUGCAGCAAGUCAGAACGCUGGACUAAAUAUGGGCAUUGUAGCUACUUAAAAAGAGCUCCUAUUUAUGAUUGAUAUGUGUAUUUCAGCAUUAACUAUGUUUAAAAGUGCGUUUGUGUUUAUGGACCGUGAUGUUAAGUGCCAUUUAGUGUAAAUAGAAAACAUUUUCAUAGCCUAGAUAAGUAGAUAGAAUUUAAAGUGAAUAAAAUGCAUAGUGCAUUUUUCAAUUAAUCUUCACUGGUGUAUAUAUUUUCGAGAAAAAAUUAACAAAGAUUUUCAUAAAUUAAUUAUGGAAAUAUCGUUUCCAGUAGAUAAAUGAUAAUAUAUUCUUUAUUGAUAAAAUGUAUAAAUAAUGAUGCCAGAUGUAAAAGCCCCAGUAACUGAUACUAUAAUGUAUCAAAUAUUUGUUUUGUUACCAUUACAUUAAAGAGCCAUAACGACCAAUUUCACAUUCUGUUAAACAUAAUUAUACCAAUUUUAAUAUGAUUUGUAACAAUACUUUAUUUCUUAUUCUAAACCAUAUAAUUAUACUGCAGUACUUUUAAACAAAAUCUCCACAUAAUUUUAUUAUCAUUUGUAUUUACAUUACUAUUUUUCUGCACGAAAUAUUUUUGUUAUAAAAAGUAGGCCGUCGUGGCUCAAGCUUUUUCUAUAAUAGAAGGAAAUUACAUUGGCAUAACAGGUAAAUAAUUUGAUGCAUGUUCGUUCAUUUGUAUCUCUUUGUCUUUUAUAGUGUUUUGAUAUUUGUACCAAAUCUCAAAUGUUUUUACACGACAAAUGCGGAAAAUGAGUUCUCAAUAAAAAUGAAAUUUAACUUUCC